AUGGAACUUAGUUUAGAAGAUCCUAAUAGAUUCAGAAGAUGUUUGCGUAUGGACACAGAAACAUUUGAAGAACUUUUGGAGAGAGUUACUCCACUUAUUGUGAAGAAAAAUACGCAUUUAAGAGAAAGCAUUUCAGCAGCAGAAAGAUUGUCUUUGACUUUACGUCAUUUAGCUACAGGAGAGUCACAGGAUUCGUUGUCAAUGACUUUUAGAAUAGGGCAAAGCACAAUAUCUGGCAUUAUAAAAGAAGUAUGUCGAGCUAUUAUUGAAGUAUUGAAGAAAGAAUAUUUAAAAUUUCCUUCUUCUGAAAUGGAGUGGCAAGAAGUUGCACGAAAUUUUGAUGAACUAUGGCAAUUUCAGAAUUGCAUAGGUGCAAUUGACGGAAAGCACUGUAGAAUUGAUCCACCACUUAAAUCAGGAUCACUUUAUUAUUGUUACAAGGACUUCUUCAGUAUUGUUUUAAUGGCAGUUGUCGAUGCUCAUCUGCGUUUUAUAUACGUUGAUAUUGGGACAAAUAGACGAAUAAGUGAUUCAGGAGUUUGGAACAAAUGUACUCUCAAGGCUCGUUUGGAAAGCAACAGUAUUCACAUUCCAGAUCCAUCUACAAUAUUUGGCACAAGAGAAAUAUUUCCUUUUGUAUUAGUAGGUGACGAAGGUUUUCCUUUGACAGAAAAACUUCUUAUAUCUUAUCCUGUUCCUCAGUGUUCUGGAAGAAAAGAUCGCAGAAUUUUUAAUUAUAGAUUAUCACGAGCUAGGCGUUGUGCAGAAAAUGCCUUUGGUGUUCUUGGAGCCAGGUUCCACAUAUAUCGGGCUGCAAUGAGAUAUGACCCAGAUGAUGCUGAAAAGAUAGUAAUGGCAACUUGCUGUCUUCACAAUUUAUUACGGAGUAAAGUUGUUAGUAGGACUAUAUAUACAUCCCCAACAUUUAUUGAUGAGGAACAUAUAAUGUCAGGUGAAAUCAGAUUGGGUGAUUUCCGGGCAGACGCAGCAAGUGGUUUAGUAAACUUAAGUAAUCAAGGAAGAAAUAGGCAUGCAAAUUCUGCUAUUCAGCUAAGAAAUAAAUGGUGUCUUUAUUUUCAUACUGAGGGCGCUAUGCCGUGGCAAGAGCGUAUGGUGCGAUAA